GUCCACGAGUCAUAAAAGAGCCAAGGUUGCCUACCCGAUGCUAAACCGUUAUUUGGCUUGUUGCAGUUGGAAUUAAAUGUGUGGGCUGAACCCAGGUGUUAUGGCCGGUAAACCCACAGUUCAUCCUAUUUUCUAUUCUGUGAAUUGCCUGUCACAUAUAUCAGAUGGACAGUUAUAUUAAUUGAAUAAAUUACGUUUUCCUAUAAUUCAUGCAGUUCUGCCUGUAUAAAUCCUGUGCAAUGGCUUUGUAUGUUAUAGGCUUGUAAUUAUUAUUGGACUUCUUAGUAGUUAUGUUUUUUUUUCAAAAAAUCAUGUAUGAAGUCGGAUGUAUAGACUUCGUCUUACAUGCUAAGUGAAAAAGACAAUAAAUUCAACGCAGUUGGAUGGUAAUAGUAAAGCCUGUCAUAGUGAUAAAUAAGCAAUGGUUUAAUAGUUUUUAUGAAGUCAACCAGUUAUUAUUUCAUAAUGUUAUGUCCCCGUGGCGGGCGGCGGUUGGGGCCGCGUUGACGUCCGGCCUGGCCGGAUUUCCGCUCCCUUCCGCCGGGACCGACCCCGAUCAUGAGCGGCAGCGAGACGGCGUGGCUGCUGGACGCCGCCGACUUCGCGGCCCGCAAGCACUCGACGCAGCGGCGCAAGGACCCGGAGCGGACGCCCUACAUCAACCACCCGAUCGGCGUGGCGCAGAUCCUGGCGCAGGAGGGCGGCGUGACCGACGUGGCGGUGCUGCAGGCCGCCCUGCUGCACGACACGGUGGAAGACACGGACGCCACCUUCGCGGAGAUCGAGCAGCGCUUCGGGCCGGAGGUGCGGCGCCUGGUGGAGGAGCUGACAGACAACAAGGCGCUGCCCCGGGCCGAGCGGAAGCGCCUGCAGGUGGAGCGCGCGGCGGGGCUGAGCGCGGGCGCGCGGCUGGUGGCGCUGGCCGACAAGCUGUACAAUCUGCGCGACCUGCAACGGCGCACGCCCGUGGGUUGGUCCGAGCAGCGCGUGCGCGAGUACUUCGCGUGGGCCGCGCGCGUGGCAGACGGACUCCGUGGUACCUGCCCCGCCCUGGAGGAGCCGCUGUGGCGCCUCCUGGCCGACAGGGGCGUCGCGCGCUAACCCGGAAGCGCCGCGGCGGAAGUGCCGGGACCGC